AUGCCAACUACACGAAGUUCUAAACAACAGUCUAUUGUACCAAAUGGUCUUAGUGAAGAAGAAGUAGAUUCAUCAGACUCUGAAGAUGAGAUAAGUAAAGUCAGACAUGUUCUGUCAAAGAAUUUAUUAAUAAACAAAGAGUCUUCGUCAAGUGAAGAGGAUGAUAUUGAAGAAAUUAAACAAGCAAGUCCACCACCAAAAAAAACGAAAAAGAUACAUUGGAAAAAGAAAGACUUUAUCCCUCCAUUAGCAGAUUUUACUGGAGUCUUACCAUCAUCACCACCGGAUGAUGAAUUAGCGCCGAUAGAUUAUUUUUAUUCCAUGUUUGACAAAGACUCUAUAGCACUUCUAACUGAUCAAUCUAAUUUAUAUUCGGUUCAAAUGAAUCCAAAUAAGCCUCUUUGCAUUUCUCAACAUGAGAUGGAACAUUUUAUAGGUACAUUAAUUAUGACAGGUAUUUAUUCAUUUCCAACACCACGUUUCUUUUGGAUGAAUACAACUCGUGUUGAAUCCAUAGCUUCAGUUAUGAGUCGAGACAGAUUUUUGCAAAUUAGAAAAAACUUACAUGUCGUCGAUAAUUCAAAUCAAUUAUUUGCUGGUGAUCCAGCUUUUGAUCGAGCAUAUAAAGUUCGUCCAUUACUUAAUAUUGUCAAAGAAAACUUCAGAAAGAUUCCUAAAGAAGAAAAGUUAAGUGCAGAUGAACAGAUUAUUCCAUUCAAGGGUAGAAGCAUUAUGAAGCAGCAUAUGCCACUGAAACCAAAUCGUUGGGGAUACAAAAUGUUUGUCUUAGCUGGUGGUGAGAGUGGUAUUUGCUAUGAUUUCAUAUUCUAUACAGGCAAAGCUGAGGCUUUACUUAAAUCUACUCCAUUACCACCUCCAGUGAAACCUGGACGUCCUUCUUUGAAAUUAUCAUUAGUUGAGAACAGUGCUUCAACAUCACCAAGAGCUGCACCGAGUCCUCUACCAUCAAAAAGUGUUCGACGAAGAGGAGAGUUUUUUUGUUGUGCAUGUCGCGAAGCAUUUGAACGUGAAAUUCAUCCUACUAAAACAAAACUAUUUCCUCAUCAUGUUACUUUUAUAGUUAAUGGUUAUUGUGAUUGGAAAAAUGCUAUAUCACGAUUUAAGCUUCAUGAAAAAACUAAACUUCACCUGGAUUCAAUUUAUGUUGUUAAUCAGCAAAUGAAACCUAAUAUAGCAAUUCAAUUAACAUCAGCAACUAAAAAACAACAAGAACAACGUCGACAGAGUCUUUCAAUUCAAAUUUCGUGCAUCAUAUAUCUACUUCGACAAGGUCUUGCUCUUAGAGGACAUGACGACGAAAACAGUAAUCUGAUUCAAUUAUUAAAACUUCGAAGUGCUGAUAAUGAAUAUUUAAACGAAUGGAUUAAAAAUAGGAAAUACUUUUCACAUGAUAUUGUUAAUGAAAUUUGCAAAGAAAUCUAUUUAACAAUCAUUCGAGAUAUUGUAAAAGAAGUACGUCUAUAUGAAAUAUCUGCACAAAAUGCUCCAACAAUUGUUGAAGCAAUUUAUGAUGUUAUAACUCGAUGUGGCUUGGACAUGAUUAAUUGUCGUGGUCAAAGUUACGAUGGCGCAUCAAACAUGUCAGGAAUAUACGGUGGUGUGUCAUCAAUAAUUUUGAAACAAUAUUCAAAAGCUAUUUAUAUUCAUUGUGUUGCACAUUGUUUAGAUUUAGCUGUACAUGAUUUAACAGAUCAAUGUGCUUCUAUUUGUAACUGCAUGCUUUGUGUAAAAGAUAUUAUUGAUUUUAUACGUCGAUCACCAAAACGUCUUGUUAUUUUAAAAGAAAUAUUUAAUCAAAUAUCGUCGUCUUAUACAAAUCUUACGGCAUUAUGUCCACAUAGAUGGAUAAUGCGUGCUGAAUCAUAUGGUUCGUUAUUAAAAACUUAUGAACAAGUUCAAGAAGCCUUGCACACAAUAAGUAAAGAAAAAGGUGGUCCUGGUAUAAAAGCAAAUGGUAAUUUAGUAUUUACAGAUACAGAAAAGCUGUCACGUGCAUUUCAAAGUUCUGAUUGUUACUUACAAGAUGUUUUCUGUGCUGCUGAGGCAAUUAUUUAUCGCUUUCGACGUAUUCAAGAUGAUAUUAAUUUUGAAUUAUUUUAUAAUCAAGUAGUUAAAGAUAGUGAAGGUUUAACAGAAAAACCUAUUCUACCUCGACGUCGACGACCACCUGGACGAUAUGAAUCAAAUACAAUUCUCGUAAAUCAUGCAAGUUGUGAAGAUUUUUAUCAGAAACAAUAUGUUGAAACAUUAGAAAUGAUCAUUAACAUGCUUCAAACUCGAUUCACACAAAAGAAUUUUAAAAUGUUAUGUGAAGUUGAAAAUUUUAUUCUUAAUAUAUCUAAUAAGCCACCUGAUCUUUCCAUUGACUACAUUAAAACAAUUAUAGAUUUUUGUUAUGAUGAUAUUGAUAUUGAAAGAUUAAAAUCUGAAGCAGUUAUGAUUUCAGAUUUUUUUAAAGUUGAUAUAACACAAAUCAAAUGA